AUGAGCCAGCUUUUUCUCUCGAAUUUGACACUCGCCGACUUCGACGGAAAGUUCCAACUCUACCUAAGUGACCGUGCCCUCCGAUUUUCUGAUAGCGGUGAACAGAACAUGAUGAUCAUUCCACGGAACAGUGUGGCAGCAGUCAGAGUCCGAGACACGGACCUGUCCUUCUCCACCACCGACAUUCCGAAAGCUGCAGCCUUUACUCUGCUCAGCAUGGCGGUGUCCGGCUGGCUUGCUCGCCGAUCCAUGUACGGUCUGGUCCAUGCCAAAGGUGCGUUGGACACUGUCUCGGCCGUUGGAGCAGUCGGAGGCAAGGGAGUUCACGAGGCUUUUCUCUUGACUGAGAGCCCUCUCAAAGCACAGAUGCCCACUCCGCAGGCGCUCCUCUUGGAGGAAGCUCUGGAGUUGAAACGACGAGGAUGGAUUCCGACGAGUUCCGUGCCUGAGUGCGAAGAUGCCUUUGCAGGCGAAGUGCAGGAGGCGCUGGAGAGCUCAGGAAUGGCCUGGCUAUCAGUUCAGCUUCCCGAGUUCCAGCACCCUGUCAUUUUUGCAGAGUCUCAAUAUGGACAGGAUAUCGAGAUCCCCUCUGGCGUCCUCGCGGCAUCCAGAUCGAAGGAUGUCGACCAGAAAGACCUCGAUGCCCUGAAGGGAGCACAGUGGUUGCUCCGAUCAAUGCGACCGGAGCCGGCAGCUGCGGCUACGAGCUCGGUUCCUGCUGGGCUUACGGGACAAGGCCGGAGCUUCAAAAGCUUUCUGGACCAUGGAGCUGCCUUGGAACAUCCAGCACUUUUGAAGAGCCUCCGGCUGGGUCGCUCGUCGCGUGCGGCCAUGUUCAAGGAUCGGGAUGCCAGACCCAGUGCCGAUGAACUCCGCCGCCUGGCCGAGUUGGUGCGGCGCCCGCGGCGCCAGCUCAGUUCGGAGGAGAAGGAUUUGCUGUUCCGAUUUCGCUGGAGCCUGACAGACCAGCCGGGUGCCUUGACCAAGUUCCUCCACGCAGUGGACUGGUCGCACGUGGAGGAGCGGAACCAUGCCAUCGAGCUCUUGGGACAUUGGAGUCCAGUGGACAUCGACGAUGCCCUGGAGCUCCUCAGCAAGGAUUUUCAAGGACUUCGAGAAGUUCGGCACCAUGCUGUGCAGAGGCUGCAGAAUGCCAGCGAUGCAGAUCUGCAGCUCUAUUUGCUGCAGCUCGUGCAGGCUCUGCGCUACGAGCCUCCAAAUGAGGCUACCAUGGAGAGCGAGGCCGAAGGUGGCCGAAGCGGCGAGGCCUUGGCAGGGUUCCUGAUUCGCCGAGCUGUUAGCUGCCCUUCUUUAGCCACUCUGCUCUAUUGGUAUGUCGUGGCCGAAAUCGACGAGGGUGAGUCUGGCGGACACUUCGACAUGGUGCGGCAGCGGCUUCUCGAGGCUUUGCGGUCCUCGCAGGAGGCAAAAGCCACAAGGCACCUGCUGGAGCAGCAGGAGAGACUGCGCAAGAAGCUGCUGUGGAGUCUGCAGGUGGCCAAGGCUGGUAAGAGAGACCGGAUCGAGAAGAAGAUCGAACGCUUCCGCCAAGCGCUGGUUGCCACUGAUCCACCUGCUGGGGAGGAUUCCUUCCAAGAGCUGGAUCUGGUCAACGGGCUGAAGGAAGGCAUCCCGCUGCCUGUGGAUCCGUCCGUUUCUUUA